AUGGAUGUUGUUUCGCCAGCAGAUGUGCCUAGAAGUAAACUCCAGAUCGCUGCCAUCUUGUUAGCUUUGAACCUUGCUCUUUUUGUCGCAGCCUUGGAUCAAACAAUCGUAUCAACAGCAUUGCCGACCAUAACUUCAGACUUACGUUCAGCAAGUGGAUACACAUGGGUAGGUUCAGCAUAUCUACUGGCCAAUGCUGCGGCCGCACCAAUCUGGGCUAAACUGUCAGACAUCUGGGGCAGAAAGCCAAUUCUCUUGGUAUCGGUAGCAUGGUUUUUUGUGAGCUCGAUCAUAUGUGCCACUGCGCCUAGUAUGGGUGUCUUGAUCGCCGGGCGAGCCCUUCAAGGUAUCGCCGGCGGUGCUUUGAUCCAGGUCACGAUCAUCACCAUCUCAGAUCUCUUCUCUAUGAGAUUGCGUACAUUGUUCAUUGGACUCAUGGAGUUCAUGUGGGCUCUUGCUGGCGGUAUUGGUCCCAUUCUUGGUGGGGUCUUUGCCGAGUCUGUUUCUUGGAGGUGGUGCUUCUGGAUCAACCUCCCCAUCUCAGGAACAACCUUCUUCCUUCUCUUAUUCUUCCUCGAUGUCCACAACCCAAGAACAAAGGUCGUGGAAGGCCUCAAGGCAAUCGACUUCUUAGGCAGCUUGUGCGUUCUCGGACUAACCCUCAUGCUGCUCCUCGGCCUCGACUUCGGUGGCGUCAUCUUCCCUUGGUCAUCUCCAAAAGUCAUCUGUCUCAUCGUUUUCGGUGUCGUGAUGGGCGGUCUUUUCAUCAUGACCGAGAAGAAAUAUGCCCGUUACCCUCUCAUGCCUUUGGGUGUGUUCAGUAACCCGUCCAAUGUUGCCUGCCUUGUCGUCACUUUCGCUCACGGCUUCAUCUUCAUCGCAGCCGAAUACUACCUCCCAUUGUACUUCCAAUCUGUCAAGCAAGCCUCGCCCAUCCACUCAGGAAUCUACAUCCUCCCCCUCACCCUCUGCGAAGCCUUCAUGGGCAUCAUGUCAGGCGUCAUAAUCCACAGGACCGGCCGCUAUCAAGAGCUCAUCUGGGUCGGCAUGGCCCUCUGCACCCUAGGAAUGGGCCUCUACAUCUACAUCGACGCCUCCACCCCUCUAUCCACCAUCCUCGGCCUCGAAGUCGUAGAAGGGCUAGGCGCAGGAAUGCUCUUCGAACCCCCACUCAUCGCCAUGCAAGCACUAGCAGCUCAAGACGAUGUAGCAACCGCAACAGCCACUCUAGGCUUCAUCCGCAACCUCGCAACAUCAAUGUCUAUCGUCAUCGCCGGCGUGGUCAUCCAGAACUCCAUGGCUUCCCGCAGUGCCAGUCUCCGUGCUGCCGGCUUAUCCCCUGACUUACUCUCUGAAUUCACCGGAGGUGAUGCAGCGGCCAAUGUGGAAAUGAUCAAGGAUAUUGCGGAUGUGGGGCAGAGAAAUGCCGUCAAGCAGGCUUUUGCGUUUAGUCUGCAGAGGACGUGGAUUUUGAUGACGGCGAUGAGUGCGUUUGGGUUGGUGGCGAGUUUCUUCAUCGUUAGGAGUCAUUUGAGUAAGGAGCAUACGGAGACGAAGACGGGGAUCAAGGAGAAGAAGGAGGAGGGUGGUGGUUCGUAG